UUUAGAUCCUUGCACUAAAAUGGUUAAUUUCCAUGCUCAUGCUCUUUGCUUCCCUUUCCUUUUUUUUUUUUCCCUCUUCUUUUUGUGGGAAAUUAGUUUGAAUGAUUGAAUUUGGAAAUGGGUUUUGUUAUGGUGGGUUUCUUUUGUGUGUGGGCUUCACUGAGUUGUUCGAACUUGUUUAAUGUGGAAGCUUUGUUUUCUUCUUGUCUACUUGAAAUUAUGAUUUUUGACAUGGGUUUUGUUUAAAACCAAAUGGGUUUUCAUUGAAAUGUAGAAGAUGCAAGCUUUUGGUGUUUUUGAGUUUCCAUCCUCAAAAUGGGAGAUUAUUGGGUUUGUUUCAAAAUGUUGUUGAGAAAUUGUUGGUGCCCAAUUCUCUAUUUUGUGCUUUAAAUUUGUUUCCUUCUUCGGAACAAGAAAAGGAUUGUCCUCUUCCUUAAUUUGGUGCAACUAAUGCGUUGCUUUGAUGGAAAGAGCACACGGCGUUUCUGAUGGCAACUGGGUUUUCUUCUGCUGCUUUUCAUGGAAAAGAUAAGAAAAGAAACUUCUCCUUUCCUGGGUUUUGAUGAUUAUGCAAAUCUGUUCGUGAAAUCCUCCUUUUUGUUAUUUCCCAGUUGGGGCAUGGUGAAGAUGGGUCUUCUCUGUCAUUUCCUUUUGCAGAAGAAGAAACUUGUGUCUAAUUUGGAGUUGCUAUUUUUUUGGGCUCAAAACCAUUGUGUUUCGUUCUGUUCAAAAAAUAGAAGUAAAAAGCCCUUCUGCUUUGCUGUUCUGCCAUUUAUGUUCUUCGAGCUUCUUCAAGGUUACAUUUGCCUUCGUUCUCUAUGUUAUACCUUCUUAUUUUGGCCAAAUCUUCGAAAAUCCUAUCUGUGGCUUAAACUUGCAGGUUGUGGACCAUAAUGUCUUUUGUUGAUUCUGAUAAGCUGGGUAUACUGAAUUCAAUGUGGUUGAAGUAAUUGCUCGAAUGAAAUGGUCAAGGUUCGAGAUGGACCUUCCUGAGUCUACAAAGGUUGUAUACAACAGGAUCCAGAAAUUAGAGCCAGAAAACGUGUCGAAAAUCCUUGGAUAUAUCCUAUUGCAAGAGAAUGCUGAACGUGACAUGAUCCGGCUGGCCUUCAGCCCGGAUAAUCUGCUCCACUCUUGGAUUAACAAAGCCAAAUCUGACCUUGGAUUAUCCACCUCACAAGCAGUUUCUGCCCCAAUUUCUCCUCAGGUUAAUCCAGCACCUGCUCCAGAUCUUCCCUUCCAGUUUGUGCCAUUCGUGCCAACUUCAUCUGGUGCAUUUUCAUCUCCAGCAAAUUUUCGAGCCACCAAUCUUUACUUUGAUCCCCAAAUAAAUGUUGAUCAGCAGGCAGUUGGUAAUGUGGAGUUUGUGCCGCCAUCUUAUGCUGAUCCAGUUGCCAACCUCCAUGGCCAACUCCAGUUCUUGUCUCUGGAAGAUCAACUGGAUCCUGUUAAUUCAGUUGCUUCAGAUUUCGCUGGCAAUUAUUAUUACCCAGAACAACCUGCUUUAGGGCCAAGAGCAAACCGGAGGACCCCUAGCUUGCCGGAGUUUCCUGUUAAGGUUUGCCAUUACUUCAUCAAGGGGUUCUGUAAGCAUGGAACCAACUGCCGGUAUUUCCAUGGUCAUCCCAUGACAGAAAACUUCUCUCAGAUGUUCAAUGCUUCUUCGAAUGAACUUGCAAAUGAUGAUCACACCUUCUCGCCUGGAUCUCUCGAGAAGUUAGAAUUGGAGAUCACUGAGCUUUUGAGGUCACGAAGAGGGUGUCCUGUAUCAAUUGCCUCUUUGCCUAUGUUGUACUAUGAGAAAUAUGGAAGGACUCUACAGGCUGAGGGGUACCUCACUGAAAGCCAAAGGCAUGGUAAGGCUGGUUAUAGCCUGACCAAACUGCUUGCUCGACUGAAUAACAGCAUUCGUCUCAUCGAUAGACCUCAUGGCCAGCAUUCAGUUAUUUUGGCAGAAGAUGUUCGAAAAUACAUGGACUUCAAUGGUGAAAGAAGUGAUCAUGGAGCAAUGGUUGCUGGUUCUAGGCAGAUCUACCUUACCUUUCCAGCUGAGAGCACCUUCACGGAGCAGGAUGUUUCCAACUAUUUCAACAAAUAUGGACCUGUCCAAGAUGUGAGGAUUCCUUGCCAACAGAAGAGGAUGUUUGGGUUUGUCACCUUUGUUUUUGCUGAAACAGUCAAGCAGGUUUUGAUGAAGGGAAAUCCUCAUUUUGUGUGUGGUGCUCGUGUUCUGGUGAAACCUUACAGAGAGAAGUCAAAACUUGUUGACAGGAAGUAUGUGGAUAAAAUUCCGCAUCCAAUGUUCUAUGCUUCCCACUUUGCUGGUCCAGAAUCCGAAGUUCACUCAGUGCCUAGAGGUUUUGCCGCUUCAAUGCCAUUCAGCAAGCAGCUCAUGGAAGAACAUCAGGCGCUUGAAGCUGAGGGUAGGCAUCUCUCCGUGUUGCAAAUGGCACCAAAAGCGGUAAACCAGGAGCAGUACAUUGGCAACCCGCUGAACGAGCUGAAUCUCUCAGAAGACCAAGAACAGACCGAGUUCCCAUCUCCCGAACAUUUCAACUACCUGCUGGAUGUGCUCAACAGUGGCUCCACCACCGAUGAGAAACUUAGGAAUGUAAAGACUCGUUACAACGACCAGGACAGCAGCCAAGGACUUAACCUUCCAGACAGCCCAUUUGCUCCGGCUGUAGGAACCAGCAUUUCGACAGUUACUUAGACUUGGAAACAAACAACAACCUAGAGGUAGAGGGCAGAAACCCCGACACAUUCUCGCUUUCUCCCCGCUUUUCCCUUGCAACCGGCCAGUAGUUCGCCUGCAAAGCCGUCCGUCACCUCCUAAGUCCCCGGAAACAACAAACUGACAAAUGGGAUCUCUCUUCGCUCCUUCUCUUGGCUUAAGAGUGGAGGAGGCAAAGAAGCAUAUUGGUAUAGAUCAUAGAUAGAGAUAGAUAUGAUAGAUAUAUGAUAUAUAUAUAUAUAUAAAACAGGGUUUUCUUUUCUCAGUCUUAACGCUAAUUCACAGGAAGCAGAGGCGGCCAUGGAGGCUGCUUAGAAAAGAAUGUAAGUAUAGUUUGGUUUAGCUUUGAGGAAGUAAGGAAGUAGUAGUGAAAUAUGCAGCAGCAGGGUGGUGGUUCAGAGUAUAAUUCAGCAAAGUGUAGAGGAACAUCUCUGCAACACCAGACACUAUAUUCUAAUAAUAAAUAUAUAAAGAAUUUGCAGUUUUAAUCUUUG